CUGGAUAUCAGACAUGCGCACCGCGUCCUGACAUCUCAUCAAGAGACGGAGACGGGCACCAAGAGAUCCACACGGAGGGAACCCAUCAGGCACCUCGGUGAACUAUCCCGCCGCGUUCACCACCACACCGAGGACACAACAGCAAUGCCGCCAGAACCGGCCAACGAGGGCACCGCCGCACGCCCAGCUCGGCCUGCUUCGCGGACGCCGCGUUCCGGCGGGCCCAGCAGCACCGCGAGGAGGAUGGCGAUGAUGGGGUCCAAGAGUUCCCGUUCCGCCAAUACGCCCGAUAUCUCCGACGAUGAGUCUGCCGGCUCCUCCCCGGACGAAUUUGCGUCCCCCUCCGAGAGCGCCAAGUCGCCGGCGCAAGGCUCCGUCAAACCCGAGUCCGAGGAUGCAUCGGGGGCGCAGGACGGCGGUAGCAACGAGGUGCCGAGCAUGCCGCUGCAGAAACGCCGCAGGGUGACGAGGGCCUGUGACGAGUGCCGCCGGAAGAAGAUCAAGUGCGAUGGCAAGCAGCCGUGCACGCACUGCUCGGUCUACAGCUAUGAAUGCACCUACGAUAAGCCGUCCAACCGGCGCAGGAACCCGGCUCCGCAGUACAUCGAGGCGCUGGAAGCGAGGCUGCGGCGGGCCGAGACGCUGCUGCGCAAGUUCAUGCCGGACGUGGACCUUACCGACCCGAACCUGGACCCGGCGGUGCAGCAGGAGUUCCGCAACAGGGAGCGGGCCCGGGCCCGGGCCAUGGAGCUGAAGAUGGGGGCGGUCAAGGAGCAGCCGGGCGAGGACGGCAGCGGCGAGGACCCGCAGAUCAUGUCCAUGAUCGAGUCCAUCGGCCAGCUGGAUCUCAAGGAGAGCGGCGAAUGGGACUUCCACGGCAUCUCGUCCGGCGCCGUCUUCCUCCGGCGCAUGAAGGAGUAUUUUCAGACGCUGCUGGGGAACGAGUACAGCAUCCCCUUCUUGCCGCGGCCGGCACUACCGCCGGGCCUCUUCAGCCUCGACUCGCCGCGGCCGAGUGCCGCGUCGCCCUGGGAGUCGUCGGCCGUGCCCAGCAUCUACGAUCUCCCGCCCCUCGACAGGGUCCGCACGCUGUGCUACUACUCCCUGGAGUGCGCCACGUGUCUCCUCCGCAUCGUGCACCGGCCCAGCUUCAACGAGAUGGUGGACAAGCUCUACGCAACGCCCCAGGAGUCGUGGGGCCACGAGGAGCACCGGUUUCUGGGUCUGCUGUACUCGGUCCUGGCGCUGGGGUGCGUGUAUAACGUCUCGCAGGACAGCGACGGCAAUGCCCCGGACGGCCCCGGGACGUACAAGUCGGCGGUGGAUGAAGGGGUCAAGUACUACACAUCGGCGCGGCUGAUCCUGCAAGAUGUGGCAGAAUGUCGCGACAUGGCUUCCCUUCAGGGGCUCGUCUACAUGAUCCUGUUUCUGCAGGCAACGUCCAACAUCAGCGACUGCUACGCGUUCCUGGGCAUCGCGCUGCGAUCCUGUCUGCGCAUGGGCCUGCAUCGCCAUCUGACGCACGAGAAAAUCACGCCGAUCGAGGACGAGACGAGGCGGCGGGUAUUCCACGUCGUGCGGCAGAUGGACUUUUACGUGUCCGCCAUCCUGGGUUUCCCUCUGCUGCUGCAUGACGAGGACGUCGACCAGCCCUUGCCGACCGAGGUCGACGACGAGUACAUCACCAGGGAGACGAUCCGUAUGCCGCCGCCCGGCACGCCGUCCUUCUUCCAGGCGUUCAAUGCGCACAACCGGCUCAUGCGGAUACUCGCCAAGGUGGUCAGGGACAUAUAUCCGAUGAAGGCGAUGGACGACGGCGUCAAGCCGGGACGGGCCGGUACGACGUUCAUGAUCAACUACUCCCGGAUCCAGGCCAUUGAGGCGGAACUCCAGGAAUGGCAAUCGCAGCUCCCGGAGUACUGGCGGCCGAGCCACGACGGUCCGAUCGAGGUCAUCCGGGUUCGGACACUCCUGCGGUUCAGUUACGCCCAUGUCCAGAUGAUGCUCUACAGGCCGUUCCUUCACUACAUCUCGCCGCGCUUCGCCGCCGGCAAGAAGGUAGAAGACCGCUAUUACAACUGCGCGGCAGCCGGAAUCACCGUCUCCCGGAACAUCGUGCACAUCGGGAUCGAGAUCCGGAAGCAGGCGGCGCUGAUCGGGCCGUACUGGUUCAUCCUCUACACCAAGUUCUUUGCGAUCCUGUCCCUCGUGUUCUUCGUUCUGGAGAAUCCGGACAAGCCAGGGUCCGCCGAGAUCCUGGCGGACGCCCAGGCAGGGAGGGACGCCAUCGCGAGUCUUGCCCAGCGCAGUCUGGCUGCCGACCGUAUCACGAGCGCACUCAACCCCCUUUUCGAGCAACUGCCGGAGCGGUUGAAAGAUUUGAAGAACCAGAACGCCCGCCCAACGCCGACAAAGAAGCGAUCGGCUCCCGCUCCAACGCACGGAUCCCGGGCGGGCAGCGUGACGCUGCCGAGUCGCCCGGAUCUGCAGGACGGCACACCCCAGCGCCGGUCGGAGGAGAUGAUCCGUCCGACCGUCGGGCUGCUUCGGCGAGAAGCACGAGGCCCCCCGCAGAGAACGUCCUCCUUCGAUACCAUCGGCCUGCAGCAUGGCAGUCUUGCCGGGCAGACGUUUACCAACUUGCAAGACAUCCUGCCCCUGAACAUGCCCCUGGCCGGAGGUGGCUCGGACGCCAGCAGCCCUCAAGAGACCCUGCACCGGCAGCAGCAUGCCCAGACCACCACCUUCCAGGCGCACGGGCAAGCUGCGGGAGCAGGACCCGCGAGUUCGCUGUACAAGGUGGACGCCAUGAUGUUCCCCUCGGAGGACCCGUUCGCCUAUCCGAACCAGCCGCUCGUGGACGCCGCCAGCCACCACCACCACCCGGGCAGCCAGCCACCGCAGGCGGGGGCAGGCCAAGCUCACAACCCGAUGCAGUUCUACAUGCCGAACAUGUAUGACGGCAUUGAAGGCCAGCUUCUGGACCCGCUCCCUUCCUAUCUCAUGCAACAGAGCCAGAGGCAGGCAGCCCACCACCAACACGCGCUACACCAGGCGGCAGCGCAAAUGUAUAACUCGCCCCAGAUGCUCGCCAUGCAGCCUGAUCAUGGCAGCCACGGGCACCAGCAGCCGCAGCACCAGCAGCCGCAGCACCAUCAGCAUCAACAUCAGCAUCAGCCGCAGCACCAGCAGCAAUCCGGCGGCAUGAUGGACGAGAUGCUGACUGAUCCCAGCUUUCAGGGAGAUUGGGAUGGUAUGCUGAGCAACACCGGCUUUCAGUGAAUGCAA